AUGGACCUGGAGACAGAGGCAAACAAUCUGUUCAGGAAGCUCCGGGAGGCCACAGAUUCCAAGUCUUUACUGCGAGCACAUCUGACCUGCAACAUCCUGGCUCGACUGAAAUGUUUGAAGACAAAAUUCGGUGGGACUUUGGUUGACUGCAUUCGCUCAGGGGUAGAAAACCCAGAAAGCGGGGUUGGCCUCUAUGCGUGUGACCCCGACGCCUACACGACCUUCGCCCCUCUGUUUGACGCAGUCAUCAAAGACUACCACAAGGUCAAGAAACUGGACCACCCUAAAUCUGACUUCGGAGACCCAGAAAAACUGGACUUUGAAGAUCUCGACCCAUCUGGAAAGAUGAUCGUGUCCACCAGAGUUCGAGUGGGACGUAGCCAUGACAAAUUUGGGUUCCCUCCGGUCCUGACAAAAGAGGACCGUAUUGAGAUGGAGAAGAAAAGUGUGGAAGCCUUGCAGAAACUGGAGGGAGAGCUGAAGGGCACCUACUAUCCACUGACAGGGAUGAGCAAGGAAACACAGAAGCAGCUGAUGGACGAGCACUUUCUCUUCAACGACAGCGACAGAUAUCUGAGGGCUGCCGGCGGAUACAACGACUGGCCCACUGGGCGAGGGAUUUUCUUCAACGACAAGAAAACCUUUCUUGUCUGGGUCAACGAGGAGGACCAUCUGAGGUUCAUCUCCAUGCAGAAGGGGGGCAACCUCAAGGAGGUUUAUGUUAGGCUCGUCAAGGCUGUCAAAGCCUUAGAGAGCAGUGGCCUGUCAUUUGCCAAACGGAAAGGCCUAGGAUACUUGACCUUCUGUCCCUCGAACCUGGGAACAACUCUGCGUGCUUCCGUACACAUCAAGAUCCCCAAGCUGUCGGCAUCCCCCGAGUUUCAGGCUUUCUGUGACAAGUACAACAUCCAGGCCAGAGGUAUCCAUGGAGAACACACGGAGUCCGAGGGCGGGGUUUACGAUAUCUCCAACAAGCGAAGGCUGGGGCUGACAGAGAUCCAGGCCAUCCAGGAAAUGCGUCGAGGCGUGGAAGCCGUCAUCGCCAAAGAGAUAUCACUGGGCGGAGGCAAAUCGGACUAA